CCCUUCUCUUCCGGGCCGAGUGUCUGAGUGCACGUGGUUGCAUUGCCGGUACCUAGUCCAGGGCUCUUGAGAAAGUAACUUGUACAGCUGCACUAAAGCGAGGGAGCUGAGCUGGAGCCAUGGAGGGCCCCAGCGUGGAAGAGCUGCUGGCGAAGGCAGAGCAGGACGAAGUAGAGAAGCUGCAGCGCAUCACGGUGCACAAGGAGUUAGAGCUGGAGUUUGAUCUGGGCAACCUGCUGGCUUCAGACCGGAACCCCCCGACGGUGCUGCGGCAGGCCGGACCGGCGCCGGAGGCCGAGCUGCGAGCCCUGGCGCGCGACAACACGCAGCUGCUCAUCAACCAGCUGUGGCAGCUGCCCACCGAGCGCGUGGAAGAGGCGGUGGUGGCGCGGUUGCCGGAGCCCACAACCCGCCUGCCGCGCGAGAAGCCGGUGCCCAAACCGCGGCCGCUUACACGCUGGCAGCAGUUCGCGCGUCUCAAGGGCAUCCGUCCCAAGAAGAAGACCAAUCUGGUGUGGGACGAGGUUAGCGGCCAGUGGCAGCGCCGCUGGGGCUACAAGCGCGCCCGCGACGACACUAAGGAGUGGCUGAUCGAAGUGCCCGAGAGCGCCGACCCCCUCGAAGACCAGUUUGCCAAGCGGAUUCAGGCCAAGAAGGAACGUGUGGCCAAGAAUGAGCUAAACCGCCUGCGUAACCUGGCCCGAGCGCACAAGACUCAGCUGCCCAGCACAGCAGGCAUGCACCCCACCGGACACCAGAGUAAGGAGGAGCUGGGCCGAGCCAUGCAAGUGGCAAAGGUCUCCACCGCCUCGGUGGGACGCUUCCAGGAGCGCCUCCCCAAGGAGAAGGCGCCCCGGGGUUCGGGCAAGAAAAGGAAGUUCCAGCCCCUUUUCGGGGACUUCGCAGCCGAGAAAAAGAACCAGUUGGAGCUACUUCGCAUCAUGAACAGCAAGAAGCCUAAGCUGGACGUGACGAGGGCCACCAAUAAGCAGAUGAGAGAGGAGGACCAAGAGGAGGCCGCCAAGAGGAAGAAAAUGGGCAAGAGAAAGGGGGGCCGACAGGGUACUGGGGGCAAGAGGAAAGGUGGCCCUCACAGCCAGGGAGGGAAGAGAAAAGGCGGUGUGGGAGGCAAGAGGCAAUCCUGGCCCUCAGGUUUGGGUGGCAAGGGCAAAGGAGGAAAGAGGAGGAAGUAGUAACUUUCAUGCUCGGACUUGUUCUGCUAAGGAAGAACAGUACUGUAUAUACAAAAUGUUAAGUUGUGGAGGGUGGGAAAUGAAGUGACUGUUGCCUUCGUUGAACUUGGCAGCUGCAGGGACACAAUUGCUCUCUCUCCACAGGUGUGUUUCCCACUGUUGUACAAAUUAACCGAGAACUUAGCUGAAGAUAAAGGUGUGUUUGAGAGCAUAAGAAUUGGGCAAAUAAUUGGUUUGAAACCAGGAAAGAAUUCUGUUCUUUAAGAGUCAUGUUUUUAUUUUAAUUUUGGAUAUGGCGUUAAAACUUGGUCGUAUUUCAGGAAGUUAAUACGUGAUUUACACAUUCCUACAUUAUUUUUAUAACAAACUUGUAUGAUUAUGAGAAAGUAAAAGUUAUUUUCUAAUUGGAUUUACAAAACUAUUAUAAAGAUUAUUUAAUGAAA